GGAGCCGGCCUGCGGGGCGGGGCGCGGGCGCCCGGGGGCGGAGGAGCCGGGGAGGCGGGAGGCGGGAGGCUUCGGGGCCGUUUAAGCGGCCUCCCUCCCGCCCCCAAGCCGCCCGGUCUGGCCCCGGCAGCGUCUCGACCCCCGGCCUGGCCCCACUCUGGCCCUGCCCGGACGAGGGCUCUGCCUGGCACCCAGGCGGCCUCCGGAGUAGCCGAAGCCCAUGAGGGCCGCGCGCCCCGCCGCGGCUGCUGACGAGACGGAGCUCCCGGUCCCCGAGGAGGAGCGGAGGAUCAAUGCGGUUCAAGAAUCGAUUCCAGCGGUUCAUGAACCAUCGAGCCCCCGCCAAUGGCCGCUACAAACCAACUUGCUAUGAACACGCUGCUAACUGUUACACACAUGCAUUCCUCAUUGUUCCGGCCAUCGUGGGCAGUGCCCUCCUCCAUCGACUGUCUGACGACUGCUGGGAAAAGAUAACAGCAUGGAUUUAUGGCAUGGGCCUCUGUGCCCUCUUCAUUGUUUCCACAGUAUUUCACAUUGUCUCAUGGAAAAAGAGCCACUUGAGGACAGUGGAGCACUGUUUCCACAUGUGCGAUAGAAUGGUUAUCUAUUUCUUCAUUGCUGCUUCUUAUGCUCCAUGGUUAAAUCUCCGUGAACUUGGACCCCUGGCAUCUCAUAUGCGUUGGUUUAUCUGGCUCAUGGCAGCUGGAGGAACAAUUUAUGUGUUUCUCUACCAUGAAAAGUAUAAGGUGGUUGAGCUCUUUUUCUAUCUCACAAUGGGAUUCUCCCCGGCCUUGGUGGUGACAUCAAUGGCAUUGUACCAGGCUUUGCAGGAUGAAAAGAAGUCAGACACAGUGUUUUGGACUCACAUCCUCAUGGACUCAAAGCCAAGAGGCAGAGGAUCCUCGUGCUCAUCACCUUCUUCAAUCACUUUUCCUUCCCAAAAGGUCCUUUUGAUGGUCACCAAGGAGCCGCCUCUUGACCAUGAAGGCAAUAUUUCAGUAACCAUCACCCAGGUCUUUUCUAAAUAUGCCCAAAGAGAUGUGCAAGGCGAGGAUUUUCAAAGAGGAAACUGAAUUCCUAUGUUCUGAAGAGAGGGGUUUGGCGUUUGGGUGGUUUGUCGCACUAUUUUGUGAAUGGAAGGGCUGUCACAUGAGCAGCAUAUGAUGAGCCUCCCAGAGCCAGGGCUUGUGUGACUGGCAAUGGACACAGCUUGGCCUCCUAUUAGUUCCUGCCAACUUGGAGUCCACAUGCCCUCAGGGUCCUAGAGGGGCAGCCAGUCAUUCCCUCAAAGAGUUGAAGACACCAAAAGUCAGCUGUUCCAAUGGAGUUGUAAGUUAAGGUCACUGGACCUAUAUUCCUCUGAGAAAGGGUGAGAAGAGAGCUGACCCCUACCUUCUAACUGCUCAGUCUCGACUCUAAGGGGCCACAAGCACCUCUGAUCCAUCUGAUGUCACUGACCCCAUGUGCGAGGCUGGAGCUAGAAGUCCAUGAUCUGUUAGGGAUGUCAGUCUAAGAAACAGGUCACUGUUAGAAGGCUACCUAUUCCCUCCACUCCAGCCACCCUGCGCCUUCCUGUGAGCAGGGAAAUUAUUUAUUGCCCUCUUUGAAGAAUCAGAUGAUCUCAAAUAUUGAACUGGAAGUCACUUCAAAAAGUUCAUGGAAAAUGGAAUUGAAAGAUAAGCUUAUUCUGUUGCAGUUUUUUUUUUAAAAAGAUUCAUAUUUAUUUAUUUAUUUAAAAGGCAAAGAGAGAGAGAGAGAGAGGAACCUGCCACCUGCUGGUUCCAUCCCCAAUGGCUGGAGCUAGGCCAGUCUAAAGUCAGGGGCCAGGAGCUUUUUCCAGGUCUCCCAUGUGGGUGCAGGGGCCCAAGCACUUGGGCCAUCUUCUGCAGCUUUCCCAGGGCAUUAGCAGGGAGGGAUAUCGGAAGUGGAGCAGCCAGGACUUGAACCAGCACCCAUAUAGGUGCUAGCAUGGCAGGUGGUGGCUUUACCUGCUAUGCCACAGUGCCAGCCCCAGCAGAAAUUUCUGAAAAGCACACAUGGGUUUUUUUCAGAAUAUGCAUGAUCUGUGAACUUUCUGAAGUACCCUCCCACAUCGUACUUUCCUGGCCCCAUGGCAGCUGUUUACUGGGAGCCGGUGCUAUGCCAUUUGUUGCAUCGUUAGUUCUCCUCACAGCCCUCAGAGAUAGGGAUCAGACCUUCACUUGUCAGAUGAGAUUUAGGUAGAAGAAAAAAGUUUAGUAGGUGUUCAAGGUCACACACCUGCUAGGUGACAGAUGUGAAUCCAGAACUGUGCGACUCCUUGCCACAGAGCCCCCUUCUCAACAUUCCAGAGAUGCUGAGCCCCUUGGCCUCGGCCGCAGCCCACGCACUACCAGUGUUGAGCUCUGCUGGGCUGGGCACCGCUGCGCUACCUUGCUCCAUCUGGCACCACAGGUUCCUUUCAGGGAGGAAACAAAAGCUAUGGGUCUGCUCUACAGAAAAAAUACACGCAAAUACCUACACAUUGGUACGUAAGACAUUUCAGGUAAUUCAGUAACUACAGAAGUCUUAAGACUACUACCUGGGCCGGCGCCGCUGCUCACUAGGCUAAUCCCCCGCCUUGCGGCGCCGGCACACCGGGUUCUAGUCCCGGUUGGGGCGCCGGAUUCUGUCCCGGUUGCCCCUCUUCCAGGCCAGCUCUCUGCUGUGGCCAGGGAGUGCAGUGGAGGAUGGCCCAGGUGCUUGGGCCCUGCACCCCAUGGGAGACCAGGAUAAGUACCUGGCUCUUGCCAUCGGAUCAGCACAGUGCGCCGGCCGCGGCGGCCAUUGGAGGGUGAACCAACGGCAAAGGAAGACCUUUCUCUCUGUCUCUCUCUCGCUGUCAACUCUGCCUGUCAAAAAAAAAAAGAAAAGAAAAAGAAAAAAGAAAGACAGACUACUACCUGCAUCUCCCAAGGGCCAAGAGCUCAAAUUAAGAGCCUAGUCUAUUAACCCUUGCCUCCACUUACUUGGACACUCAUGGGAAUUAGCUGGGGCAUUUUAAAAAUUCAGAUUUCUGGGCUGCCUCAGAAUCCCUGGAUCUGUGCUGUAAUAUGUUCCCCAGUGAAUUUUAUAUAUCUCUAACAAGUAAGUAGUCUGUGACUGGUUUUGGGGAACCACCCUCCUAGCUGAUGCUCAAUUGACUGGGAUUGAUCUCUAUCUAUGUAACAUUAUCUAUCUAUGUAACAUUAGAUAGACUUAACCUCCCUUUCAAUUUUCUCCUCUGUGAAACGGGGAUAACAGUUGUCUCAACCUAAUUGGAUUAAUAUGGGAUUCAAUAUGCCAUCCAAGCAUUUAGUAGUGUCUGGCACAGAAGUGCUCAAUAAAUGUUCAAUAACAUCACCUGUGCCAUCUCGGUAGAUGGCCUCUUGGUUAUCAAGGUGUGAACAGAAUCCAAUUGCUAGUUGGCUCAACAAACAUGCAUGAAAGAAAGGAAGAAAUGCAAAGUUUAUUAAACAUUAAGAACAACAGAAAGGUCUGGACUUAACAGCAUCAGUACCACCAGUACCACGGUGUACAAGUAAACUAACCUCAUGCGAACUUCUACCUGUUUAACAGAUGCAAUCACUGUGGUAUUGCUCAAAGGAUAAUGUAGCAUUGUUAUAUUUGGUAAGGUGCUCAAAAAGCAAAUACUUUAUGUUUUAAAUUUACACACACACACACACACUCGUACAUAUACUUGGCUCCCAUAAAAUAUAUUGACUCUAGUUGCUAAAUCCAGUUUAUCAAGAACUAGGGCGAGGCUUUGCUCAUUUGUAAACUGACAUUAUUAAUUGCUGAGAACCUGGGAGGGAUGCUGGCCUCGACGGUGGAGGGUACCCAGAAGCCCUCAGCAGGAAGAGGACUGCGAGCAGAUGUCUGCCACACGGAGAUCGGAACACCUGCUCUCAGUCACCUGCCCAGGACUGAGCCCAGUGGUAAACCCAGAACUCCACACACGGGCGAGCAGAACAAGUCUGCCUGCCUUGGGAUUGUGCCACUUAACUCUGAUAAAACUUGAGUUUUCUUAAAAGGAUCAUUAGGUGGGAAAUUAGGUGAACUAUGAGAAAGAACACAUUUUAAUUGCAUUUUACAGAAUGUUUUACCCUGAAGCUGUGGGAGAGUGCCACUUCAACUCUCAGUUCUCCUGAAAACAGCCCAUAGAGCAUCUGCAUGUCCAGUGUGAGUCCCCACACGACACUGCUGGGCUAGGAGGAACCCCAGGGUUGUAUAACACAGCCACCCCCCGCCACACCUGCAUCCCAGUCUACACUCUCCCGACAGAGUGUUCUCCUACACGCAGGAUGUUCUGUGGAAGGCCUGCAGUACACAAACACAACAGCCCUCCCGUAAUCCUCCUGAUGCGGCUUUUGAAUGGUCCAGCGUGGCCUCUUUCUCAAGGGGAAGUGACCCUUGAUAGCCCCGCCAUCCACUACCUAGCUCCUCAAGGCAGUAUGAGCAGUAUUCCAAAUCACGUCCAAAUGUUCCUGCCACAUGACUUGGAAUCACUUUAAUGGCCAAGUAAUCAAAGAAUGAAAGAUGCUUAGGAUGAAAUGGUGACAAAUGACAGGGCUCUCAGAACAGCUGCAGUCUGCAGGCAUCCAUUUGACCUGGGUUAAUCCUGGCUUCCCACUCCACUUGGCAGAACUGCCUUGUUUGUUAACUGCCCCUGCAAGACGUGCACCCAGCCCAGGAAUGUGUGUGUGUGUCUGUGUGUGUGUGCUGACAAAGUCCCACAUAAAAGGCAUCCGUACAGACUACAGGAUGUUUAAAUUUUUAGGAGGAGGUAGAUUUCUGAAACCUCUCCCGGCACACAGAAGGACAAGUUUUAUGGUCAUCUUUUUAUUUCCUGCAGAACACGUUUGUGAUGUUCAUUUGACACAAACAGCCUAGUUGUGAGAAAGCCCAGUUCUCAGAGUUUUUCAGCCAUCAUUUGAUACUUCCACAAGCGUGGGUGGUCUCUGGUGCAAUGUGUCAACACUUCUCUGCUUAAAGAUACCAUCAGCUUUGCUUUAAUGACCACUGCCAUUUACCAAUUUUGCAGUUGGCCCCUCACCUGUAAAGGGCCAACUCAAGGUCCAUUGGCAUCUCUCACUGAAUUAUCUUUCAGGUCUGCUGACGACUGGCAAAGAUUUUUUGCUGGUUUUGCUAGUUAUCAAUCUGAACAGUGUAUUCCAAUUCCAAUCCUCUCCCAUCUCUCGCCAUUACCUGGAGCUUGAGCACAGUGGGUAUCUACUUGGAAUAUCCUACUAGUGGGGUCUGCCAAAGCUGUGACACCAUGAGAGAAGCUGAGCUCAUGCAUCCACAAGGAGACCACCAGUUCAUCAAACAGUAAAGAAACUCCGGAGGCAGGAAACUAGAAAAUUCCAUGGAUAAAAGAGUAUUUUAAUCUAGCACAAAAUGUUUCUUUGCAGUAACAGCAGAAUCUCUUGACAUUGUACAACUUAAUGAAACAAAAGAACAAUCGUCUUUAAAGUCAGAACAUCUAUCAAAUUAUAGGCCGUACGCGUAGCACCGAGAUCGCCUUUAUACUGCAUAAGACACACAGGCCCCAGAGGGGAACAGAGCCGUCUGGGGGCACAGGCAGGAACGCUCCAUUCCAGGAACUCUGAAUUUUGAAGUGAACAUUUUUGUGGCAGAUGCUUUUCCUAAAAAACACUGUAUCAUCCAAUAAAUAUUUGACUAAAAUCCAUUUUGUGCUUUUGGGUGAUGUUAGCUGACUUCUUCCUGAGACCUCGUAAGAAAGAAGAAAGCUCCUUGUGUCUUUCAGAGCACGAUUCAUCACGGCAAGCCUUGAUACUGUCAUAAAAAUUUUAAUUUAAAGCAGAAAACAUGCUGAUGUGUCAGUGAUAGGCUUAAAAUAUUAAAGACUUCAAAAACCCCCAAGCACGUCUUCUCUGUACAACACGGGUGAAUAUAUAUCUUUGCUAUAUAAUUUUAAAACAUGGAAUAGUUUUCCUUUUCUCUUUUCUAUAUAUAAUAUAUGUCUUCCAAAAUACAUUGUCAGUAUUUAUAUCUGAAAAAUACUGUACAAAAAAAGAACUUCCUAUAGUUACUCUGUAUAAACAUUAAACAAUUUAAUAAUCUCCUUUUGGUCUACAGUAAACACUUAGAUUGAUUGGAUUAACCACAGUUUGUGACAAUGCCAUCCCCUUGUGAGAUACACCAGUGUCUUUUACAUUCGUUUUCAGAAGUCUACUUUAUAAGAGCACAUACGUUCAAAAGCAAACAGAGUAAGAAACAUAAGCUCUAGAAUAAUUAAUUUAUGAGGCAUUCAAAAAUGACACCAUGAGGAAAAAGGGCCUUACAAAACAUCAAC